CACAGACCGUCGGGAACGCUCAGCUGCUGUGUGGAUAUGUCCGCCAUGUUUUUCAUGGCACAAGGAGCGGACCGCCCGAGAAAAAAUAGCUUUUAAAUCAAUUUUAUCUCGACCAAAAAUGGCUUUUAACACUGGAUUUCGGUAGAAAAGGAGUCGAUGAUUUGGACCGUUGUGAAAGGAGGCGGGUCCCUUGUGGAUUUCUACCGAAUUUUUGACUGAAUUCUGGCGGGAUUCAUGUUUCCUCCACAUUUUGUGUUUUUGAGAUAGGCGAAAACAAUGAGUAAACUCUCGUUCCGGGCGCGAGCGCUAGACGCCGCCAAACCUCUCCCCAUAUACCGUAACAGAGACCUCCCGGACCUCAAUGACUGCGUCUCAAUCAACCGGGCUGUGCCCCAGAUGCCAACAGGAAUGGAAAAAGAGGAAGAAUCGGAACAUCAUCUCCAGAGGGCGAUCUCAGCACAGCAGGUGUUCCGGGAGAAGAAGGAGAGUAUGGUCAUCCCCGUGCCUGAAACAGACAGCAACGUCACCUAUUAUGACCGUCUGUAUAAAGGAGAGUUCCGCAUUCCCAAACAGCUGAUCCACAUUCAGCCUCUGGGUUUGGACAAUGAACAGCCAGAUUAUGACAUGGAUUCAGAGGAUGAGACACUCCUCAACAGACUCAAUAGGAAGAUGGAGAUCAAGCCUCUGCAAUUUGAGGUCAUGGUGGAUCGACUGGAAAAGGCUAGUGCUAACCAGCUGGUGACUCUUCCGGAAGCCAAGCUGCUGCUGAAUGAGGACGACUACCUCCUGAAGUCUGUGUACGACUACUGGACGAGGAAACGGAAGAGCCGCCAGUCGCUCGUCCCACAAGUCAAGCAGGAGAAACGCGACGGCUCCACCAACAACGAUGCCUACGUCGCUUUCCGCCGCCGCACAGAGAAGAUGCAGACCAGGAAGAACCGUAAGAAUGAUGAGGCGUCGUACGAGAAGAUGCUGAAGCUGAGGAGGGAGUUCAGCCGCACCGUCACCAUCCUGGAGAUGGUCAAGAAGCGGGAGAAGGUCAAGCGAGAGCUGCUGCACCUCACGCUGGAGGUGGUGGAGAAGAGGUAUCACAUGGGUGACUUCUCGGGAGAAAUUCUCAACGAAGUCAGCGCUCCUCUGGCCGAGAAGCCAGUCUACACCGCUCCCAUCACGCUGCCGAAUGGAAACCGCUACAAAGUGGAGAACAAAAUCAAGGCACACAAGUCCGGUCCACAGCACCCACACCACUUCUCCAUCAAGCCAGAGCCGCACUUUGACUUUGUGCGGCCGCCCAAGAAGUACACCAAGAGGCCCAAGCUGGACCCACUGCGCCAGCCGAGCCGCAUCGAGAGGCAGCACACGGUUAACAAGGCCGACCUCAAGCAGUACGACUUCCACAGUUCCGGGGAGGAGGACUACCCUCUGUCUCCUGCGUCAGAGCCAGAUGAGGAGAACGACCCAGACGGAGCGUUUGCUUUCAGGCGGAGAGCUGGCUGCCAUUACCUCACUCCUCUCGUGGACCAGAGCUCCUCUCCUCUGUGGGGUCAGGUGGAGCUGCCCGGUGUGGACCCUCUGCGCCAGCGGCACUCCCUGACGGCCCUCACGGUGCCGCGCCGCUGUGUGGGUCUGGCGCGCAGGAGGGUGGGACGCGGUGGCAGGGUUCUACUGGACCGUGCCUCCUCCGACCUGGACCGCGCCUUGCGACUGCUGGACCCGGACGUCUUCUCCUCCUCGUCCUCCCACUCCUCGCCACCUCCUUCCCACGACCCCGUUGACCUCAGGCACGACCCCACGCACACCACCCCGUUAGCCUUGCCAUCUGCGGAACGCUCCCUGGCAAACAUCCUCAACGACAUCAAGUCCUGCAGGUGGCGCUGUUUCCGACCGCGGCCCACGCAGGAGGAGAGCCACGGCGACGCCAGGAAGAGCGUCGGCAUGGCGGCGGAGGGCAGGACGCGAGAAGCGCUGGGCAAGACCACGGGCAGCGCCGCGCACGCCAGAGCUGCAGCCACAGAGGCCAUCACGGAAGAGCAGUACCAGACCCACCAGCAGCAGCUGGCGCAGAUGCACAAGCAGCAGCUGGCUCAGGUCCUGCAGAGAACAGCGCCAGCUCCCAGCGCAGCACAGCCCGAACGCAAGGCCACACAGACUGCCAGCUCUACGGAGCGAGUGUUAAAAACCCUGGAUUCGGCCAGCGCACACUUUGCCGCCUCUGCGUUGAUGAGCAAUCCUCCGUCAGCCAACAACGAGAACAAACCCCAUCCGCCAACAGUCAACGGCGUCGGCCCCGGUUCAGGAGGCUCCAGACCCCUGAAGUUCACCAGCACCUCUCAGAGUGGCGGAGGAGGAGGAGGAGGAGGAGGCAGUUCCGCAGUCCGCUCAACUUCCUCUCCGGCCCGCGACAGCCAGGGCUUGAUCCGUGGCAACGGCAGUAGCAGCAGCGGCGGCGGCGGCGGCGGCGGCGGCAACAACAACAGCAGCAGCAACUCGGCGCCCCAGUCGCUGCCCCGCGGCCAUGCCCACCUGGGCAGCGUGAGCGCCGUGUCUCCGGCCCACACGCACCUCAGCGCCCGGCCCUCGGCCCCAUCGCCCUCCGCCUUAAAGCUGGCCGCUGUCGCCAGCAGCCUGGACCGAGUGCCCAAGGUCACGCCAGCCAGUGCAGUAGACAGCAUUGGCAGGGAGAACCAUGAACCAGAGAGAUUGGCCCUUAAUGGCAUAUCGGAGACCACAGUGGCAAUGGAAGUGACAUAGCCCCACUCCACAUCAUUGACCACCAUGCCAUUGAACGGACUAACCUCCAAGACGAAUGCAAGACCACUUCCUGCCACCAGGGGGCAUACUCGCAGAACAGUACCUAAAUUUGCAGCAUAUCAAAAAGAGAUUUGUCAAUAUACAUGUACAUUUUGUAAAAUUGGGAAUAUCACUACCUUGUAAAAUAGUAUAUUUGUAUCAUUAGUAUCUUAUUUCUGUUACUUGAAUUCUAGAUACUUUUUGUCAUCAUGCUUUUGCACUUGGAAAAAAAUGGCAAAUGACCGCAUUCAAAAAAAAUCAUUAUAAAACAGGUGCAUCGAUUUGUGUUAGGAUCAUGAGCAUGAAAUCCGGUCCUGCAUCACUCAUUUUACCUAUUUAUUUUAUGAUGUUUACAUUUUUGUAUCUUGUACAAAUAAAUCAGAUUUUGUGACCACAAAAUGCGGAAAUGGACGUAGCUAGAGCAUAUUAUGUUGUGCUUUUUUCUUGUUGCAAAAGGAAAAAGAGCCCGAUUUGAUUUGGUUUCACAAAUUGAUUUUUUUUCUCCUUUUUUUUGUACAUAAUUAUGCGGCAUUCUCUCAUUUGUCCUCUGUCUAUUUCACAGAGGUGAUUAAAACAUUUUUAUUUUUUUAUUUUGUCUUAAUUGUUUUUCCUGUAUCUGCCAAACAAUCUCCAGGUGUUAUCCAUAAGAAAAGAAAAACUACAAUGUCCGUUUGAUCAUAUUUGUGUUAAGAAAAGAAAUUGUGGCUAAAUGCAUACAUUGAUUCAUUGUCUGCAAAUACCAGUAUGUUUUACGUAUUCGUAUAUGCCUUUUUAAAUGAGUGGGCUAACGCCAGUCAAUAAUUCACAACUGUAAAUCGUUUUUGGUUUACGUUGUGCAAUAACGUUCCAUAUUAUGGACAACUUUGCCGAGAUUGCCCUUUGAUGUAGGGGGCAGUCCUAUCGAAACCCUAUCUUUUCCCCCCUCUUCAAUGGCAAGUAACAAGCAGAAAAUGGAUCUGGUGGUCAUGUGCUCUGACCUACUCCAUGAUGUGGAGUAUAGUCUCCAUGUGUUGUCAGUAUAGUUAUUUUCUUCUGUACAGGCAUUUAGCAUCCAUGCACAAUGCCCAAAGAUAUACAUUUCCCCAUGCUACUUGUCCUUGAAGUGAUACUGACUUAAAAAAAAAAAAAAAUGCAGGGAAAUAAAACAUGGAUCUAUAUCAUA